AUGUUUUAAAAAAUUUUAAACUUUAUUUCCCCUUAAAGUUUAAAUGAUUUAGCUUAAGUCUAAGCCGAAAGCGAAAUUACAAAAAGAUAAAAAAAGUUAGAGCAAAUGAUUCAAAUAAUUAAUAUGAACGAAUAUUUUUAAUAUCCAGAAAAAUUAAUAGAGGAUGGAAAAAUCUUGAUGAAUGAAUUUAGUAAUGAUAACAUCGAUAUUUAUAUCUAAGGUAAAUUUUAAAUUCAAUAUUUGAGAUGAAUCAAUAUUAAAAAUCUCUGGGUUUGUUAAUAUUUUAAUAAAGUAGAAAUCUUUUUAAAUUGUUAUGGAUUUUUCUUUUUUUUUAAACUAUCCUUAGUAAGUUUUCAGCAUUUGCAUUGAAAAUAAAAGUCUUGAAGGUAGUUAUAAUUAAUUUUAUUUAUAGAUAAAGAUAUCAAGUUGUCAUCUUAUUAUCAAUCAUCUUUAGGAGGAAAGUGGAUAUCUUUGAAUCAUUAUCUGACAGAAUCUAAGCUUUGGCUAAAUCAUUAAAAUUUUCAAAGAGUAUUUUCAGAAGCAAAACAGUUAUUAGUAAAUCACUUUCCAUAUCAUAAAUAAAAAAAAUAACAAUAAUAUUUCUCACACGAUUAAUUGGAAUAAAAGCAACAAAACUCAAUACCUAGCAAUAAAUAAAUAGAAAAUAAUGUUGAGAUAGAGAAAAAAGAAAAAGAAAUAGUUAAUAAAAAUAUCAUUAUUUCUCCAAUUCCUUUAAAUGCUUAAGAUAUCCUUGGCCCUAGCGGGUUACAAUUGAAAGAAGAAAAUUAAAUUUAGAUGCAGGCUACAAAAUUUGCUAUUUAGGUAAUGAGAGAACAUAGAAAUGAUAUUGUUACUUUAAAGCAAUAGCAUUAAGAUUUAAAAUUAUACAAAUAACAAUAAGAUGGAAUAUUAAUUUAGUUAAUAUGGCUUAGAUAGAAAUUGGACUUAGAUAUUGAAUUUGCAGCAGGCUAAUACAAUCUAUUGUAAUAAUAAAUAAAUCUUAAUGAUAAAAUUUAACAAAAAAAUAGUGAGGAAAUAAUUGAAUUUGAUGACUUAUCUUAUUAAAUAAUUGAUUUAGCUGCUAAGGAUAAAGCUCUUACAGAUUGCUAUUAAUUCAUUUCGAAAAAAUUUAAUAAACAAAUUAUUGACUAUUAAAAAUUAUUCUAAGUAAAUAUUUAUUUUUUACUUUUAGGCGACAAAAGAAAUAGCAGGCUAGUAGUUUGAAUUAAAAUUAUUGAUGAAUAAAAUAUAUUUUAAUUAAUAAUAAUGAAG